GCGUAGUUCUACUGUCGCAACCCGUCGGUUACGGAAAGGAACACAGACCAUGCGAACCACAGAAUUGCUGCCUUUCUGCCCAGCCAGUCCGAUGCUUUUCUCUCGGUACCAAGUCCAAGUCCGAGGAUCAGCACUACAGGGCCAAGCACCGUUCUCAAGAAUAAGACAAAGCGGUGGGCCCGGAGUUGUACGCAGAUCGACCAUUUUGCCUUCAUAUCGUAUCAUUCUCGGGUUACCAUUCUAAGGACACCCAUCAACAGAGACACAGACCAGCGCCCGUUCGAACCCUGUCGAAAAUGAGUGUCCCCCUCACUGCCCCUCAGCUGGAGGCCAGCCACCAUCCCAAUGUGGCCAUCGCCAAGGAGGCAAAACACUACGUCGAUCACCGGCCUCCCUAUCCAGGGUCCAUGUGGAAGCUUUGGACAAACUACCACGAAGGCCCUCUGGAUACCAUUCACGACAUCGGCUCUGGCAGCGGCAACGCUGCCGAAGGACUCUUGACGCACGCACCCUCGCCUCCCAAGUAUGUCGUCCUGACUGAACCGCAAGCCAAGAACAUCGAAGACUGCCGCGCACGCUUCAGGGACCGAUUCACUGGGAUCGAAUUCUCCUACCGGAACUGUCGCGGGGAAGACCCCUGGGAACCCCUGAUAGAUGUAGACCAUGUUGACUUCGUAAUGGCUUGCGAGUCACUGCACUGGACUAUCCUGGAACCCACGCUUGACAAUGUCGCAAAGAGUCUGCGGGGAAAUGGAACCUUUGCGGCCGUCAUUUACGGCCCUUUUCCGGGAAUCACCAACAACACGAGUGCAAACACAGCCUUCAAGGCAUUUAUUGGGGAGCAUGCCGGCCAUCUGUUGAAGCAAGAGUGGAUGACCGAGAAUUGGAAGCGAGCUGCUCGCCAAAUGUUUCAUGGUAUGGAUUGUGUGCCGCUUAGAGACGAAGUGUGGAAGGAUGUCAAGCGCAUUGAGAUCAACUGUGGAGAUGGGUGGUAUGCCAAAGACUACCAGCCCCUCGAUGGGACAGCAGAUCCCGUGGGUCAUCUAGGGGUAUCUGAGCGUGUUGCCAUAGAUGAUAGCGAGGACUGGAGGAUCUCAGCCUCGGUUGAGUGGCUGAAGCAAUCGCUCGAGUCUAUGCGGUUUGGUUUUACUGAAGAUUCAUGGCAGUCGCCCAAAUGGCAAGAAAUUACGAAGGAGAUUGGGAAUGGGCCGUUGGAACUCAAAUGGCAGGUUCACAUGAUACUCGCUCGGAGAAGGGAAUGAAGCCUUGAAGAACCUAAACUACCUGAGUAGCACAGAGUCGUGUCAGGCAAACAACUCCGUGCAGUGUUGAAUGACAAGAGUUCCUAGCAUAGAGCCCGGGCGUUGCGAAGCAGCGGUAUGUUCACAACAUAGAGCGAUAAACAGUGAGGUUUACUUGAGCAAAAUAAACACAGUCCAACUGCGCAUGUAGACACAGAAUUUUGCCGUUCCGCACUUACACGUGGCUGUUUUAGUUUAUGGGAGUCGAUGUCAACGUUACGUCCCAAGGACA